ACUUGAACAGAGAUUGUCGAUAAUCAUCCACGAAUGUCUAUCUUGGUCUAUCUCACUCUUAGCACAACUUUAGCAUUUAGAAAUGCAGCAGAGUAAUAAAGAUUGAGAUAUCGGUUAUCCACAGUGAUGCGCUGAAUGAUAAGGAAUAAGUGCUGGAAUAUAUUCCAUGUAGCAUUUUCAUAAUGAGGAUAUUACAUGUGUAGUCAAAUGCCUAUUUUCAUGCAGGUGCAUUGUUUGAGUUGGAGUUCUUUUUCUGACUGCCUUUGAAGCUGAUAGUCAACUGCCUGUAACUGCUGUCCUGUCUCCAAUAAGAAGAUAAUGGGACUCCUUUUUGCAAAGUUCUGGAGUUUUUUCAACACAGAUGAGCACAAAAUCUUGAUCAUUGGCCUGGACAAUGCUGGCAAGACAACAAUAAUGUACCAGUACCUUCUUGGAGAUACUGUACAUACAUCCCCAACCAUUGGCUCAAAUGUGGAGGAAAUAAAAUACAAGAAUACCCAAUUUGUGAUGUGGGAUCUUGGUGGCCAAGAAAGCUUGCGAGCAUCAUGGAACACCUACUAUGCCAACACUCAGUUCAUAAUCCUGGUGGUGGACUCGACGGACCAGGAUCGACUGCCCGUGGUCAAGGAGGAGCUCUGCAAGAUCCUGGCGCACGACGAGCUCGCCAAGGCCUCUCUGCUGGUGCUCGCAAACAAACAAGACGUGAAGUCGGCCUUGUCGUCCGCGGACAUCAGCCGCGAGCUGAACCUCACCUCACUGAAGCGCCACCACUGGCGGAUACAGGCGUGCUGCGCGCUCACCGGCGAGGGAUUAAACCAGGGAAUGGAAUGGAUAUGCGACCGAGUGCGAAACAAAUGACUGUCAUCUUCUCGACAUCGUUUAGAAGUUGGCGAAUCGCUUUGGGCGGUUUAUUUCUGCCUGAUGAUAUCAUCGGUUUCUUCUUUUAUUGACGUCGCUGAAGUCGCCAUGACGACCGGUGACGUAUCCGUCUCUUCUCUGUGCUGCAUGUGCUCCGCGAUUCGCGGAACGAGGUGUGUUAUGCGACUGAGGCACUCCUGAACCGCGGAUGCCGUUUUGUGGCCAUGACCGACGACAAUCAUGUGCCCUGAAAGGGCAGCGAACGAUGGUUCAGCCGGGUCCGGCCCGUGGAGCUUCACUCACGCUCGAUAUUCUCCGCCGGCACGCGAUGCGACGGUCCACGUGCUAAUUGUGUCUUCCCUGCGCUAUUUUCUGGAAAUUUGGUCCGAGUUCGAGGAGGAAAUCUGUUGCGAGGGAAUGUCUGCGUCGCCGUGACGACUCAUUCUGUGUUUGUGUUUCGUUAGCACUCGUGAAUGUCACGCGUGGUGGGACAACGUGAAAUGUAAAUGUUCGUGAAGCUAGACCGAUUGCAUGUAGCCACAGCAACUAUCCAAGAAUGUUCGAAUUCAUGCAAGGUGUGGCAAGCAAACAUACUUUUCUCUCACUCUCGGAAGUCUCAGAACAUAUGGGCAGUUUUGGGCCCUGUUUGUCACUGCAUGAAUUCCAACGCUUGCCAUCAUGUCAAGUGUGCUUUGUGAAAUUGGCCAAUUAUCUUAAGUCGUCCUUCGCAGCCGCGGUCCUGAUUUCCUUGUGUCCAGUUGCCUCGGCACGUAUUUCCGACUCAGCUGCCCAGGUCAAGCUACCAUUUCCUUCGCUCUCCCUGGCCGUUUCGGACAGUGUUGCACGCUGCUGAGAUGUCUGGAGUUCGAGUUACCGAUGAAGCGCAGGGUCUCGGACUCUGUUUACGUGGCCCAUCCGUCCGAGCCGAACCGAGACGGGCGGCCCUGCGCGAGCUCCGCCCGGGUUCUGUCCAGCGCUCCUAGGGUUUCCUCACUCCCACUGUCCGCCACCAGCGCGGGUGGGUCUUCAGAUGGGAACGACCCCGGUCAACCUCCGGAUUCCGUCAAAGCCCGACGGGUUAUCGCACCCCGCUCGGCUCCGUACUUUCCACAGUCCUAUCCCGGAGCCGCGUCGGUUCGAAUCGCCCCAGAGUCGCGGGGUUACCCCGACGGGCCCGGACCCUAGUCGACACGAACUGAUCGCCGGCGACCGCCGGCGCACCGAAUGUGAUAGCUAGAGAGGACGCGCCAUGUGAUCGUGUAUAACUGUGGUCUCGCUGUAAAUAUAUCCAUAUUGCAUCCAUCGCGCCGGCCGCCCGCGUCAACUGAUAGGGAUUUAGCGUUGUAGGGCAGGCGCCGGUUCCCGGAUUUUCCGAUGUCAGGUCCGAACACAAUAAAGUGCACUUGAUUUUUAUUCCGGGUCCACCCGGGUGUACUGUCACGGUUCGCUCCGCGCUAGGCGUCGUGACCUUGGUUUUAGUUCCGUCGAGGAUUGCUCACACCUAUCUUGGGCGGUCUUGUCCGUGAAAAAUAUUAUUUUUCCAUUAUGUCGAUGUUGAAUGACAAAUAUAGGUCAUACCAGUG